AUGGCGCUCGCCCGAGGCUGUCGCUGGCUCCCGCUGCUCGCGGACGUGGCUCUGGCGGCUCUGUUCCUGCUGCUGGAUGCGCGCGACCUGUGGUUCAAGCUGCGCUGGGUGGGGCCUCGAGACGCCUUCGCGUUCUCGACUGUCGAGACGAGAUCUCUCCCAGGGGGCGACGCCGUUCCGUUGAUACCUACGACGACGUUCUCCUAUGUGGAUCAGAGGUCCCAGCGAGCCUCUGGGUGGAGCUCCUUCUUGCAGCAAUGUGAAGCGCUGAUACCUUUAGCAGAAGACGAUAAGGCCGAGGGUUUCCAGUAUGUUGUGGGGAAGAACUGCGUUAUUGGGGCAGGCAGCAGCGCCGUUCGAGCUUCGGAGCUCCUCCUCACUAGCAGCAUCCCAGUCGAUUCGAUGGCUUGGACGGCAUGUGAACUGCUGCACAGGCACCGCAAGCCCCCCAUCUGCCACUCGCCCAUUGUCACACGAUUCCUAGAGCGCCACAAUUUCCAGAAUGAAACCGCAAUCGUUGAGCUCCUGGAGGUAAUUAGCAAAAGCUCGCCAAUUUCAGCCAUUGUGUGCGUGGAGGCAUUCGUGCUUAGAGGACCCGGAAAUUAUUCUGCUACCACGUACGGGUGUGGAAGUCCCAGUUUCUAUCGGAGUGUGUUCAUCGGAGGCGAUACUACUAGCUUCGCGCAGUUUCAGCGAGACAAGGGGUGGCUAACCUCGGAGACUAUCCGGGUCAUGGGCAUGACGUUCCGCAUUCGUGAGAAUCGCCGCAGCGUAUUCACAGUGCGGGGUGCAGACACUGGUGGUGGCCAAAUGCUUGAACACGCGUCGUUGCUCAACUACUCGGCAUCAGGCCCGUUGUAUGUCUUGAUGAUACUGGCUGACGUAGCUUUACUGAUGCUGAAUAUUUGUAGUGUUGUGGAGAUUGCUCGACUAAUACUAUGGCCCUUGUGGAAACCACUGAUAGUCUCCGAGUACCAAACAUCCACGGCACGGACAAGCAAAAUGGGGUUUGGGAUUGAAGAUUUCGUCCGA